AACAAGGGAGAAAGCACUAACAUCUGAGAAAGGAAAAUGGACAAGCUCUUGUUAUCCUUGUAAUGUACAGAUUUUUUCCACCAUAUUCAGACUAUAGAAAGCUAAUCUACCACCUGAAAGGGUGUCAAGGGCUGAGAAGUAAAGGAUCCUCACCCUUUACCUCAAUUGUGUCAGCAGCUAAGGUGUGUGGAGCUGCCAGUGAGUCACCGUCAGUGAAGAGCCUCCGCUUGCUUGUUGCUGAUCAAGACUUUUCCUUUAAAGCUGGCCAGUGGGUUGAUUUUUUUAUUCCAGGAGUCUCUGUGGUUGGUGGGUUUUCAAUAUGCUCCAGUCCCAGACUGCUAGAACAAGAGAGAAUGAUAGAAUUGGCAGUGAAAUAUACAAACCACCCUCCUGCCCUCUGGGUUCACAAUACGUGUACACUUGACUCAGAAGUGGCUGUGAGAGUGGGUGGAGAGUUCUUCUUUGACCCUCAGCCUGCGGAUGCCUCUAGAAACCUCGUGUUGAUUGCAGGAGGAGUUGGAAUUAACCCUCUGCUUUCCAUCCUGCGGCACGCAGCAGAUCUCCUCAGAGAGCAGGCAAACAAAAGAAGUGGAUAUGAGAUAGGAACAAUACAACUAUUCUACAGUGCAAAAAAUACCAGCGAACUCCUGUUUAAGAAAAAUAUCCUUGAUUUAGUAAAUGAAUUUCCUGAGAAGAUUGCAUGCAGUUUGCAUGUUACAAAACAGACUACACAAAUCAGUGCAGAACUCAAGCCGUACAUCACGGAAGGAAGAAUAACGGAGAAGGAGAUAAGAGAUCAUAUUUCAAAAGAGACUUUGUUCUAUAUUUGUGGCCCACCUCCAAUGACAGACUUUUUCUCCAAGCAACUGGAAAACCACCAUGUAUCCAAAGAACACAUUUGCUUUGAGAAGUGGUGGUAGGAGGCAGACACAGAAAAGAUAAAGAGGUGAGAUCUAUUCAGGAGAUCUCCUGUCCUUUGUGGCAUGAUUAAUUUUUUUUUUAUCUCUACUUGAGUUGUCUUAUUUUUUAAGGCUGUAAACGUAUUGACCAGCUGGAUAAAAGCCAGCUGGCAGACUUAAAUGAUAAACUUUUUGCAAAGACCUCAGUGAUCAAACUGUUUUUUACUACACUGAUUUUCUUUUAUUAACAACGAUUUAAUUGUCUCAUGAUGUACCAUGAUUGGUCAAUAUAGAUUUUUCUUUUGUCUUUAGACAAAAAAAUAUAUAUAUAUACUUAUGUUUAAUCAUAGGAACAUGUGAUUUUGAGUGUAAAAUGUGGGCUAGCUUUAAACUAUUUGACAACCAUCUAUAUAUCUUAUGUUUAAUAAAAUUAUAAUUUAAGUACAAUCUUAUUUUACUUUGAAAAUUCUUUUUAAUGCCUUUGUUUACUGUACUAUGGCUUACAGUCUUAUUUGGUACAUCAGAGUUAAGUUUGGACAUGGAAAAUUGUUAGGAAAACUGCUUUAGGGAGUUAAAUAUCCAGCAUAUUUGCUUUUUUGUUAAUGAAUAUAGUAAGUGUGUAUCCUAAUUGUUAGUUUCUUCUUAAAUGAAACCCUUUCUGUGUCUUGGCUGUCUGCCUUAAUGCUGUAGGAGGCAGCUUCUUGCUUGGGACAAAGGCAUUGGUGGUUGAAUCCAUGUUGGUGGUUGUUCCAUGUUGAAUCUGCCUUCAGUACCUGGGCUGGCUGUCUAUGGAAAUGUACUUAGCAUUGAUUAGGGGGUAGAGGGCUGUUUCUAAAUCCUGCUUUUUUACUUUUAUUUCACUCAUUUGCCAGAGUUGUUCUUGGCACCAGCAGCUCCUUAACAUAUAGUUGUUGAAAUGACUGAAAGAAAGCAACUGAUGUUUUAACUCCUUGCUAAGUCUGAGAUUGGGAGGCAGUCCCCUAGAGUGGAUACAGAGAAUGGUGGAGCCUCAUCCCAAAGCUGCUCUGAUGAAACUGCUAGAAAGCAGAUUGUAGUUCUUUGUUUAGAUUUUUAAAAAUCCAAAAGAAGUCCUGACUGAGGCCAGGCCAUUCCUUUUAUGACAAGUAGUCCUGGGCCCACAGUUGCCUGCAUAGAGAUCACAGGAGGGUGAAGGGAGCCUGGGAAGAAGGACAGAUGAGUGCUGGAGACCUAGGAGCUCCAGUUGAGAUUCUGUUCUGGAGCUGAUGAGAGAAGACAGGUUACCCUUUCUUAUCUUUGUUAUUGCAGGCCUCCCAGGGACUUCUGGGCUUGAACUCACAUGAUUCAUGGGACCUGAAGAUGACUCUAGCUUCUGCCCAGUUUUGAGUUUUGUCAAGUUUUAAGCAGAGAUCAUUUGUCAACCAUUUUGAUCCCAGAUUUGAAUUUGGGGAGGGAGGAGCCUUUGACCUGAUGGGAAUAUCAUAAUCCAUUCAAGGAAAUGGUCAUCAGUACCUCAGAGGUGAAGGAAAUAUGUGAAGCUCUGGGCCACUACAAGGAGCCCUGACUUAUCAGUUGGCCCCAAAGUGCCCAGGCUGAGGACAUAGAAGCAUGAUGAGAUGCGAGGAUGUGGGAUUAUCAAGGGGCACUUCUAACAACUGGUGAAGGCAGUCGGCGGGGGAGGACACCUAAAGGUAUGGGGAAAGUACGUAACCCAGGCCUCUUUGCAUCAGAGUAGAGGUGCAAGGUGAGCAUCUCCAGUGCAGCAUGGAAUGGGAGGAUUGGGAGGUGUUGCCUGCUGCCUCUGUUUGACCAGCACCACGCUGGCUGUGUGCCUGCUAUUGUCAGAGAGCAAGGGUCACCUGUCCUGGAGAUCCCAGCUCUGCCUGCCACCCUGUUGCUGACUCAGUAUUGGCAGAAUUGCUGAGAUGAGCCUUUGCCUGGAGUGUUCAUCCUUUCAGUGCUGUCAUUUUGGUGCUAAGCACUGAACAGCAUUUUCUGGUCUGGCGGAGAAUGUCCUCUUGCUCUUGCCUGCCAGGCCUGUCCUGAUCUUUUUGGUACUUAAAUUGAGCUAACUUCAGCCAGAGUGACUUGGAAUUCAUAGUGCAGUGGCUCAGAGUAUAGGCUCGAAAGCCCUUGAGCCAGAUUGCCUAGGUUCAGAUCUCACCUAUACUACUUACUAGGUAGAUGACCUUGAGCAAGUCACUUAACUGCUGUAUGCCUCAUUUAAAAUUACACACUUAAAACUACAUGUAAAAGGGAGAUGGUACUGCUACCUACCUACUACCUGAUAGGGCUGUUAUGGGGAUUGAAGGUGAUCGUACAUGUAAAGUGCUUAGCAAAACACUGCAUGAGUGUAUUGUCAUUAUUAAUUUGCUAUUCCUUGUCCUAUUCAGAAAGGAUUUCAAGAGGCUAGAUGCCUUAGAUGUGGUCUAACUUGAAACCUUCAUGUGGGUGUGCGUCUGUCUUGUUUAUUGCUGUGCCAGGCACAAAAUAGGUACUUCAUCAAUAUUUGUUUCAUGGGUGAAAGGGCCUGCUCAGAGUUGAUGAGCUGGAUUAAAGUGACUUCUUAAGGA